AUGGAUUCGUGUGGAAACUCGUCAACUAUUUCAACAAGCUCACCAUCCUCCGAAAAAUGGGAUGAUUUUUCAAGUGAUAUAGAAAGCCCAUUGUUUCUUCGUACUCGUGCACGUUCAAUUUUAAACAUUGAAAGGGAGUUUUACUAUGAUACAGAAGUUAUUGUUAUUGGAAAUGGACCAGCUGGUAUAGCAUUAUCAGCAUUCCUUUCUGGUAUACAACCAUAUUAUGAUAGUACACUUGAACAUCCAGAUUCCUCAUUUCAUCAAAAACUUCUUGAUGGUAACAAUGAAGUUAAUCUUUUAUAUAGAAAUAUUGAUUGGUUUGAAGAAGAAUUUCAAUAUCUUAUAAAACCAGGUUCAACAACUGAAGCAUCUUUUUAUGAUAUUCUUAAUGUACCAUUAAAUAAUGGUGAUAAUCAUAGUUUAUUAAAAAUUAAGAAAGGUGAAUCUGCAUGUAUUCCUCAUUUAGUUAUUGGAUCAGGAAAUAUAGGUGGAUCAUGGAAUACUUAUGAUGAUGAAAUGUUAUCAUUAAGUUUUGAUAGUGGUUUAGAUUUACCAGGAUAUAGUGUAAAAGAAUUUUUAAAUUGUCCACAUUUAAAUGUACGCUUACCAGCUCGUAUUAUAAGAGAAUACUUUAAAAGUUAUGUUGAUAAAAUGGGAUUGUAUAGAAAUUUUAUUUCUAAUACAAAAGUUAUAGGAAUUGAAAAAUUAUGUGAUGUAUCAAGUAAAAGAGAAUUUUGGAGUGUAACAUGUUUAAAUGAAGGAAGUUUAUUACCACAUACUUUAACAUGUAAAAAAAUUGUUUUGGGUAUAGGUAAAAAUGUUAUUCAAAAACUUGAUCUCAAAGGUGUUUAUAAUGAGGAUAAAAUUGUAUAUGAAUUACGUGAUUUAAAAAAUAAGAUAGAAUAUUUAAGGAAAGAACAUACAUUAAAUGAUAAUUUUAAUAAAGUUAUUAAAGUUAUUGUUAUUGGUGAUGGUUAUGGUGCAGCUGAUGUUGUAUCAUAUUGUUUAUCUAUGGGAAUACAAACAAUACAUGUUAUUAAACGUAAUAAAUUACAAAUGAAAAAUCAUAAAUUAAGUUCAAUUUCUGAUUCUAUAUACCCAGAAUAUUCAUCAAUAUACCGGUUAAUGAUGGGAAGAAUAAAUAAUCCUAAUUAUGUAAAAUAUUUAGGAGCAUCAAUAUCACAAAUUUAUGACGAUGAUGUUGUUAUUGAUACACCUAAAGGAAAAAUAAAUGAAAAUUAUACAUUUAUUGUUCCAUGUAUUGGUAAAAAAACUGAUGAUACUUUACAAUUAAAUAAUUUUAAAAUAUCCCAGACUUACAGAAGUCAUUAUGAUCCAACAAUUUUUGGUAUUGGUUCAUUUAUAGGUGAUCAUUAUGUACGUGAAUGUGUUGGUGGAGCAAUGGCUGUAGCAAGAAUGCUAAUAAAUACAGAUUAA